AAAACUGCCUAACUCAUAGAUCAUUUCAUGUUUCAAGCCACUUCAAGUUCACUUCAUGACCGAACGUGAUGAUGUCUAAGGGGGAAAACGGCAUGGCUGACAGUGCCUCUAGCUUUAAGGCUGCAGACACAGUGAUACAGUUAGCACAAACCCAUAAGCCAAAACCUGACCCAAAUGGCCUGGUGUUUGGGUCAGUCUUCACUGACCACAUGUUGACCAUUGAGUGGAGUCUUCAAGAAGGUUGGCAGAAGCCACACAUCCAGCCUUUUGGGAACCUGUCCAUGCAUCCAGGCUGUUCUGCCCUGCAUUACGCUAUACAGCUUUUUGAGGGUAUGAAGGCAUAUCGGGGGCCGGACAACAAAGUGCGUCUCUUCAGACCCAUGUUGAACAUGAAUCGGAUGUUGAAGUCUGCUCAUCGGGCCUGUCUGCCUAGUUUUGAUUGUGCUGAGUUGAUGGAGUGCAUCAAGAAGUUAGUGGACUUGGAUCAGGACUGGGUUCCUCACUCAGACUCUGCCAGUCUCUACAUUCGUCCCACAUUACUGGGCACAGAACCCACCCUCGGUGUGAAGAAGCCCUCCAGUGCAUUGCUGUUUGUCAUUCUCAGUCCUGUGGGCUCGUACUUCAGCACAGGAGCUAAACCAGUGUCUCUGUGGGCUGACUCCAAAUACAUUAGAGCCUGGAGAGGAGGAACAGGAGACUGCAAGAUGGGAGGGAACUAUGGCUCAUCUAUCUAUGCCCAGUACGAGGCGGUGGAUUUUGGCUGUCAACAGGUUUUAUGGCUUUACGGGGAUGAUCAUCAGAUCACAGAGGUCGGCACUAUGAACCUUUUCCUCUACUGGAUCAAUGAGAAAGGAGAGGAGGAGCUUGCAACACCACCUCUAGAUGGUAUUAUUCUGCCAGGUGUUACACGGCAAAGCAUCUUAGAACUUGCUCGCCAAUGGAGUGGGUUUAAAGUGUCGGAGCGAUAUCUGACCAUGUCUGACCUGCGGCGAGCUCUGGAGGAGAACCGAGUAAAAGAGAUGUUUGGUUCUGGAACAGCUUGUGUUGUCAGUCCAGUCGGCAGGAUCUUAUAUCAGGGAGAAAAUCUGCAUAUUCCAUGCGAGGGAAGUUUUCCUCCACUUGCCUCCAGACUACUAAAGGAGCUCACAGAUAUUCAGUAUGGACGAACCCCAAGUGACUGGUCUUGCAUCAUAUAAAGGAUCCUCACUAUCACCAACAUAAACAAGUUCUCCAAAAAAGCUUUAUUUGUGGCUUCAUGGAAAAAUGAUCCCGCCACAUUUAAGUAUGUUUUGUUUUUAUACGAAGUUUACCAACUAACUAAAACCUAGAGUAGCAAUAAUGUGUUGUUCUUUUCCGAACAUAACCACCCAGAUGCCUCUUCAUUGUCACAUUUUCUCAAAUAUUUUAAAAUAUAACCAGAUUAUCACAGUUCAUCACCAGCUGUUUCAUGAACACUACCAGAGAUAUCUGAAAUAUUUCCUCAGUGUAUAGUUUGUUUCAACGUUCAGUGGAACUAUAAAUGCACUUCAUUGUUGAUAAUAUGAAAAAAUGCAGCUAAUGUCAUAUUGCACAAACUCUUGAAACUUCUGAAAGACAUUUAUAGAUAUUUAAGAUAGUUUGUUUUUUGCCGUAGAGCUUUAUUUUUUAAAGAAUCGUAACUGUUUCAAACAAUUAACAUUUGAAGACUACUAACUGAUAAUAGUGAAUAGGUGUUGUUGUUGCUGCUGUUGUUUUUAAAAUGCUACCAUUCCAAGGACACAAAGAGGGAGAGGGGUUAUUUAAUAGAGAUCAUUUUUCCACCCAACAGGAACCAUUAUUGUUAUUGUUUGUAGGUGUUUGUAUGAUCGAACAAACUGAUCCCUGUGUACACCUUUGUUGAUAUAGGAAUAAGAUUUUAACAGUUAUGAAAGCACAAAGACAUGAAAUGAUAGAGAUUUUUGUAACAAUUUAGAUACUGUUUAUUGCAAAGAUCUGGGUAUUUUGUAAAUGUGAUAACAGGAAUAAAACAGAUGC